UGGCGGCAUGGCAAAGCAGUACAUAGAGAAAGGCCUUUUGGUUCCAGACCAUGUGAUCACGCGCCUGAUGAUGUCGGAGCUGGAGAACAGGCGAGGCCAGCACUGGCUCUUGGACGGUUUUCCUAGGACAUUAGGGCAAGCUGAAGCCCUGGACAAAAUCUGUGAAGUGGAUCUGGUGGUCAGUUUGAACAUUCCAUUUGAAACCCUCAAAGAUCGUCUCAGCCGGCGCUGGAUUCACCCUCCUAGCGGAAGGGUCUACAACCUGGACUUUAAUCCACCUCAUGUACACGGGAUUGAUGACGUCACUGGCGAGCCAUUGGUCCAGCAGGAGGAUGACAAACCUGAAGCUGUGGCUGCCAGGCUGAGACGGUACAAGGACGUGGCAAAGCCGGUCAUCGAAUUAUACAAGAGCCGAGGAGUGCUCCACCAGUUUUCGGGGACAGAGACGAACAAAAUCUGGCCCUAUGUUUACACGCUUUUCUCCAAUAAGAUCACACCUAUUCAGUCCAAAGAAGCAUACUGACCCUGCCUGAUGGAAGAACCAGGAAGAUGUGAUCAUUCAUUCAAUUGUGUGUAUAGUACUGGUGCUGUGUCCAAAUUAGACGCUAGCUGAGAUAGCUUGCAGCACCUUUUCUAGUUUAAAUGGUGAACUGAUAGGAAAACCAAUGGGUAGGAAGAGUUCUUGAAGAGGCCCUCCUGAAGACGGGCCACCCACAUGUGUUUAAGGUGCCUCUGCACACAUCUCAAGCCCUGCCCAAGAAAGCAAGCACAGGCUGGGUUUCAAGCAGCAUAUAACCUAAGCUCUAGCUGAUUUUUGACAGCCAUGUUGUUGCUACUGUAUGCUUAUUACAUGUGAUGGUGGUGGUCUGUGGUUCUGCCCACCUUCUCAAAGGCAGUUGAGUCACAGCACCAGUAAGCCUGAGCGAGCCAAGGGCUCUAGCCCGGGCUCUUUCUCAGGUUCUUUGAUGUGUGCCCUCUGGUGACAAUGAAAUGGAAGCUAAUUGCUCUAAGUGACUGUUCCCCUGGUCUUGAGUGAUUGUGUCCACAAUUCACUUCUUCCGGUAGAAAUGACUCCUUUGCUGCAUCCAUGCUCUGUAGAAUCUCUUCUUUUCAGACAUCCGAGGGUGAAAGGAUUUGGGUUCUAUUUUUAAAAACUUUUUUUGGACAUCUUUUCUCUCCUUAGGCUAUUAAAUAAUAUAGAUAUUUAUUGUUCCUGUCCCUCUCAAAUUCUUUCUGAGAACUGAGAGUGAGGGGACUGUAAUCCUUCUCUUCAUACACCAGGAGUAGAGCUAUGAAGAGGAUCUUACUUAAACUGCUGGUCUGACUCUCAUGGAUUCACACUGCUCCUUUCUUUUAUUGUGAAAAAGUUAACCCCCUUAAGGUCUUUUUGGAAUCUCCUAAAGUCUUUUGGGAACUCUCAAAAAAUAUUCACUGACAUUAUACUGAAAGAUCAGAUCUUAUGUAUAGAAGUAAUAAGAUCGUGUGGAAUUACUGGACUAACAGCAUAGUUAAGCUUUUUGUUCAAGACAACAAACUGUAUUUUUAGAAUGCUGCUGGUUGUUGAUGUUGACAGUAUUUUUCUCCUGUGAGUGAUCUAAACAUAUUAUAAAUAGCUGGUUAAGGGAGUGGAGCCUGUGAGGAGAAGGAGAAUGCUGCACCAGGUGUGCCUGGAUUGAGUAUGACAGCUGUACCAAGAUGGGAAAGCAAAACAUUUUUUUUUCUAUUCCAAAGAUUCAUUCUCUGGGGUGGCCAUGGAGUCUAGAAUUCGAUACGAGUAUCCUGUCCUUCAUUGAAUGUAAUAUGGACAAACCGUUAGUUAAAGUAUUUGCCUGGUUUCCAGACUCGGUGGCCGCCUUGAAUAAUUCUUGCUGUCCUCCGGGCAGGACAAUGACAUUUAUUCCUGCUGCCUUAAAAGUAUGUUUUUCUUCAUGCAUCACUGUCCCCAGUGAGUGUCCUUUACUAUUCCUGGGAGAGACUUCUGUCUAACCCUUCGUACUGGUGAGAAAACAGCAGCCCACUUCAGCACUUCGGGGGUGCUGAAACCCAUUAUUCACCUUCUGAGGAUGCCCUGGCGAGUCCCGGUCAGUUCACUGCCAUCUCUGUCCUGUGCGGUGACACGUGCCUCUUCCUCAUGGAUGCUGCCCCAACGCCGGCCGGUUCCUUUCCCAGCGUCCCUUCGUGUGAACGUUCUUUGGCAACUUUAGUGGAAAUGUAGACCAAUCUCCUUCUCAUCCUCUCAAUCACAGCGAAAUAAGAUUGUUUGCUUUUUAGUUUAUGGGGUGGAAACGCCCAGUGACCUGUGACACGUCAGUGCGUGAUGACGUUGGCUCUAAGCACUUUAGAAUUUUGAGUUGCAGUUGAACACCAGCCGAUGGAGACAGAGAGCAUAUCAGACUUGUAGCUAAGGCUCAGGUGGCCUGGAGAGCCAGGCGUAGGGAAAAACAAGUCUGAUAUGAGGGGCCUUGCACACUUUAGAGUAGUACUGCCAGGGGCAUGAUUUCAGCAAACUGAGAAAAGUAGAGAGUGAACGUUAUUACAUGGAUAAUUCAAAAGGAGAAAGUGUGUGCUUUGCGGGGAGCGGAAACAUCUCCAUGCUUUGUUCUCCACUUCCUUUUGUGUUUAGCAGACCCUCGAAUGUGAUCAUUGCCUUUGGAGUUUGGGGUGAGGUAAGGGAAACGUCCUGAUCCCUGGUUCCACACUACCCCCCAACCCGUCCAUCCCGCUUCCCUUCCAGCUGAAUAGACAAUUGUAGCCAACGCUGAGUCACCCAGUAAGUCUCUCCAGCGUUUGCUUUUGCUGAGAAUGCCCAGCGGUCGAGGGUCCUUGGCUAGGUGAGACCAGUAAGAGACAAACAACCUUCCUGUUGUUUUGAAAGGUGAUGUUUGUUUCAUAGUGAGCAGCCUCAAAAAAAAAACCCAAAAAUCAAUUUCUGGUUUUCUUUAACAGAUCUCAUUUCCCCUUAAAUGAUUUUGUAAGAAUUAAAGUUAUCUUGAAAAUAUUUUGACAAAAGUAAAAAAGAAAGGGACACCUUUUCUUGGUUUUCCUGAUGUUGCCGUACAUGCACUUCUUUCACAUUUAAGCAGAGAGAGUAGUGUGGAGGGUCUCUACGAUUCCAGCCUGACCUCACGUUCUGUGGUCCUGCCCAGCUUAGUUCAGUGUGGUUUCACCAUCCUAACAGGCUUCCCACUUACUGAGAGUGUGGAGAUGCUGCUGUUUAAUCCCCUCCCACACUAGCGUAGGCUUACGAUAGGUACCAUUUAUUGAAGCUCUCCUGUGUGGAAUGUGCACUUUUAGGACCUUUGCACACGUAGCAUCCUAGGAGACAUCUUUUUAGCAUCCCAGGAGAUAGGCAUGAUUCCCCAUCGAAAAACCAAGAAGGCGGGCAUCAGGGAUAGGAAGCGUGUCGCCCAGGCUUCUGCGACCUAGGAACAAGGUUGCUGGGACUCCAGCCUAGGUUUUCUUGGCUCGGAAGACUGGGCUCAUUCCUGGGUGUUGACUACUGACAUCCUGUCCCAGGCAUCCCAGGGCCCUGAGCCUGCUAGCGGACUCACAUCAAGAAUAGCAGAGUUCACUAAAGCAAUGUUUGCCUCUGUAUGAGACUGUUCUUUUUUUUUUUUUUCCUUUGCUUAAGCAAAGAAAGCUGCUAGAGCAGAUUCUGAGCCUCAGUCCUCCUCCCCACGCCCUUGUUUAUAAAUAGAAUAAAAGGCUGUCAAGUAGGUGGGGCUUGGGCCCAGGCACACCUGCCAAAGAGGCAAGCUCAUGUUUCCUCCCUGGUCCUCUCAGGUGUCCAUUGUGUUGUUCCCCUGAAGUGGCCUUGACCCCUGAGCCGUCCCCAGCCAGGGUGCUCACGCACAGGCCUGGGCUCCUGGGAGCUUUCCAGACAGGGCUCAGUUUUCUUCCUCAAGAUCAGAAUAAAUCACUCCCUCACUCCUACCCUGAGCAAGGUCCUGAUGAAUCAACAAAUUCUUUUCAAAGGGCUAGUAGGCGAACACACAGUGAUUGAGCCUGUAAUGCAGGUAACUUUUAACUUACGUGCCAUCGGCCCUGUAUUAGGUUACACGUUUAUAUGGCGGAAGGUCACAUUCCCACCUUUGCCUAGCAUUUGCUGACCAUAAGCCCUUGUGGAGAUUCACUUCCCAUCUUGUCCUCCUUCCCUGGGGCUCUCCCCUACCUUAGCCUUCAACAGCAGGCCCAGCGGGGCUCCGUCCUUACCCAAGGAGUGCCCUCUCUUUGGUAGGGAAGGAAGGGAGGAUUCUUGGACCGCUGCUGUGGCAUUUUCUACUAUUUAAAAUGUUGAAACAGGAUAACUUUAGAGAGAUGCCUGCACAAACCCACAAAGAGAGCUGUUAAAAAGCUUAGUUUACUAGAAUCUAAACCCAACAUUUGGUUUACUAUUUGUCCAAAGAGUUUAUGUCUACUUGAGGUCUUGGCCGAAAUCAAUGAAGACCACAUAUUCUUGAAUGGGUUAAGGUACAGGCGUUCUUAGGAGUUACUGUUUGUUUACUCCGUGUUAGGGAGAUGAGAUGCCUUGUCUGAUUAAAUCUCAACCAUCACCUAAUGUAAUUACGUAUUAUUAUCUCAAUGAACUCGCCUUUUUGUAUUUAAAAAGCAAAUGUAAUCCUGUUUAUUUAAACAUGUGUUUUCCUGUACCUGUAGGGCUUAAUCAGGAAGUUCCAAAGGGCCUUUCUCUGCCUUUCCCUAGUUUGAGCUCCCUGUUCUCGUUAAGAGAUAAAACAGUGCAAUCACUCCAGUCUGGAAUCUUGGCUUUUGCCGCUCUGGUGCUGAGACAGGAAAGGGGCACCCAGUGGGUCUCAGGGUCGUGACACACUGUAUGCCGAGACGCAUCUCAGCUCUACUCUGGUGGGUUGCAGGCUCUCGGGAGGCAUCUGUGUCCACCUGAUGAAUUUCAUUAUCUUUCAUUUCAUGGACAGUUGUCUUUUCUUUUUGUAGUCGGUUUUUGCCAGAGAGGCAGUUUGUAAGGGGAAGGCCUGUUUAGCGCGAAUUGCUUCCUCACUCUUCCCUUACGUCUUAACUUCUCCCUGGUCCAUUUCGUGUCUCAAAAGAAGAACCCAGGAACGGAGAUGUCUUUGAAUAUGGGAAUGAGGUCUGGUCAUGAGUUUUCUUUCCUUUCCAUCCAUAAUCAAUUCAGAUGCUGAGAAGUCUUGAAGCUGUGUUUCAGCCAUGAAAAAAAUCUGCUUUCUGCAUCUGUGGAGACAUAGAAUUAAGUUGUUUAGACAUGCCGUAUCUUAUCUCUCUUGUAACAAUUUGCACAGUUCUUGCCAGAAUAAAUGCCGUUAUUUGUAUGCUUCAGGGAAUUCCCCAGUUUGAUCAUUGUAUGUGUAUGAGAGAGAGAGAGAGAUUUAGUAAAAUGUUUUUCUAAAGGGGGGAGCUUUUGUAUGGCAUAGGUAUGAAUUCCUUCCUCUGGUAAAAAUUAGGUUUUUCCGGGAAGCACAAUGACAUUCUUUAAACAAAAGAUUUCCUGUUUAAGACUUCCCAAAGGAGCAGAUGACCUCAGUGAUUCUCCCUAGGGUUGGUGUGUGCUUCAUUCAUUUUACAAAGCCAUUCUUUUUUUCAUUUUAAAGCUUUCACUAUUCAGUCAGAAGUAUACUAAAAUAAAAACAAACUAUUUUCUAUUUAAUUUAGAGAAAAGGAAGAAAAAUGAAAACUCAGUCUUUAUGUAAGCUCCAAGGAUAUUAGGGCUUAGAGGGCUUUUCUAGUUUUAUGAGAAUUUGUACUACUGAUUUUAUAUAUUCUUGCUUUUGAGAUAAACAGAUCUCUGGGGAAAUUGUUGAGUUACGAUGGCAUUUCACUGUGAUCCCUCUCAAGCUCAGAUCACUUCUCUAACCCAAUGAUGACCCGUCUCUUUGGUUUACUGUCCCGUGAAAUGUCAGCUCAAGUUUCCCAGAAGUUGCGUGCUUACCACGAGUCAGAGUGCUUUCUUCCUCAGUGCAACGGUUGUUGGGCCCUCUUGAUUUUGGCAUAUGUGCUUAAUUCAAAGUACCUAACCUGUAGUCUGAUCUGUACAUGCUAUCCUAACUGUUAAUUGUGUUAUUGGUGAUUUGGAUUAUCUUGCUUGAAGGUUGAUUCCUACUUUUCAAUUUGAUAGAAAUAAAGUUUUUCUGCUUAUAACUAGUGAA